CUGCUAGGUGGCUGCCUUCUGGAGCGCAGAGCCCGCUGCCACACGGCCCUCCCUCAGAAACCCCCAGGGCCCCCUGGACUAGUGCAAGACUCCAUCCAUGGAGAGAAAGCCCAGAGUAAUUGCGGGGACAACGGCGGCAUCCUGGGAGGAGUAUUUCAGAGCAGCCCUGCAAGAGAAACUGCGAGCGAAGUUCCCAGAGCAAAGUGUGGACCACUUCCCACCAGUGCUGCAUCUCCUGGAGAAGAGGCAGGAGCUGGUAGAUGUGGACCGGCGCCUGCAGGUCCAGAAGGAGGUGUUCCAGACCGCGAGGGCGGCGCUGAAACAGCGCUGGGAGCAGCUGGAACAGAAGGAGCAGGCGCUAAAGCGGUCCUUUGUCCGCUUUGACAAGUUCUUGCAGGACACCGAGGCCCGGCGCGGCCGCGCCCUGCAGAGGGCGGCCGAGGAGCGGCUCCAGGCGGACCGCCGGGAGGCGGAGGUGCUAGGGCUCCGCGCCCAGCUCGAGGAGCUGCAGCGGGAGCGCGCGCGCCUGAGGCGGCGGAGGGCCAGAGGGGAGGGGAGGGGGCUGCCGGCCAGCCGAGUCCCCACCUUGAUGGCACCCUAGUUCCAGGGGGUCCCCGAGCUGGUGGCGCACUUCGACGGCCUGGCGGACAUGCAGGCGGCGCUGAGCCUCACGCAGAGCCAGCGGCAGGCCGCGCUGGAGGAGGCGCGAGCCCGGCUGCAGCGGCUGCGGGACGCCUGGCAGGCCGAGCUGCUGGAGCAGGGGCGGCGGCGGGUGCAGCUGCUGGAGCGCCUGGAGGCUGCGAAGGAGAGCGCCCUGCGCUGGGAAUCCAAGUGGAUUCAGAUCCUGAACACAGCGGCUGAGAAGACCCUCCUGGUGGGCCGCACUAGAAUGGCAGCCCUCAACCUGUUCCAGCAGGUGUGCCGGCACAAGGCGCACCCACCUGCCCUGGACAUCGAGGACGCUGAGGGGCAGCUGGAACAGGUGAAGCUGUUCAUUCUGGACCUCUCCGCCAUGCUGGCUGGUCUUGGUCAGGCUGAACCCACACCUGCCAGCUAGCCCUGACCCAGGCACUCAGGCCCAGGACCCUUGUGGCCACCCCCUCUGGGCCCGGGAACCACCCAGAGCAUGGAAGCCAUGGAAGCGGCAGGGGCGAGGUCGCUAGUCCGGUUUUGGCCGUCCCGCCUCGUUGGCAAACUCCUGUGUACCCUCGUGUAACGUCUCAUCUUGGGCAGAGGCUGCUGGCCCUCGCAGCCGCACGGCACUCCUCGUGUGGAUGACGGCGCCCGCGGGGCCGGGCACACAGCGGAGCACUGGGGACAUCGGCUGGUGUCCACGUGCGGGCCAAGCGAGGAGCCACAGGGGCCGGGGCGCCCACCUCACAUCCCCUUCCUCAUCUUGCCCUUCUUGGAGCGCGCACCGCGGCCGAAGGCGCCCCGCUGCAGCUCCUGGGCCCGGCGCCGGUUGCGGGCGGAGAGCUGCUUGAGGCCCCCGCGCUGCAGGAAGCGCAGCUUCUGGGCCCGGCGCCGCUGCUUCAGAAUCUGCUGCUUGGUCUUGAGCUCCGGGCGCAAGCGGCCUGCAGGGGCCCCGGGGGCGCGGGGCUGGGACGCACCUGCCGGGACAGGGAUUCCUGGAGCUCAGCCUCUGGGAUGAGGAGCCGCCGACCGCCCCUGGACCCCACUCCCUCUCCGUGUUCACGGCUGUGGCCCCAAGGGCCGGCACACCGUAAGUGCUCAAUAAAGCUUACAGAGUCUGCC